ACCAGCAUGUAAGCCCGGCGUUGCUCGAGCAUGACAAUUCCUGGAAUUUUGAAAUGAUUUAAUAUAUGACAUGAUUUAUGAGAGGAAGCGAGAGGUAUCUUCAGUAUAAAAUGACCGCAUUCACAGUUUCACAUAGGUAUUGUCGAACAUACUGCUUGAGCGCUCUGGCGAAAGCUGUGCGUGUGAUAAUUUGCUGAACUUUCUGAAUGAAUUCAGUUCCAAUUCAUAUAUUUUUUUCACAACUUUUAUUACUGCACGGCUAUGGCCAGUUCUACGGGUUACAGAAACAGUGUCGAUGAAGAAUAUUUCAUGGCCUUGGCUUUACUUUCUUCUUUUCGUAGUAAAGAUCCCGAAUCACGGGUGGGAGCGUGUAUUGUGAGUCAACAGAACCAAGUUCUUAGCCUUGGCUACAACGACAUGCCAAGAGGCUGUAUGGACGAAGACAUGCCGUGGGCUAGGGAAGGCGCACCUAAUAUUAAUAUUGAACUCGAACAUAUGUACGUUUGCCACGCCGAGCUGAACGCAAUCGUGAACAAGAACAGCGCUGACGUGCGAGGCGGCCGCGUUUACGUCACGCUGUUCCCGUGCAACGAGUGCGCGAAGCUCAUCAUCCAGUCCGGCAUCGUCGAGGUCGUAUAUUUACGGACAAGAGAGGAUUCCGAUGGAACUUUACUCAGAGAAGGUGGAAUUAAAUACAGGCCGUUCCAAGCUUCUUGGGAACUGCUUCUUAAGAAAUUCCUGGGUGAUGAACUGACCGAGGAAGCGGUUGGGCCCUGUGAAAGCCCUGAAUCUUGCCUCAAGACAGAAGGAAAAAGAGAUCACGAAGGCGAAACGUCUCAAGAAAUAAGUCCCAAAAAACUUGGAUCGGAAGAAGACGAUUGCAGUAAUGAUUCCGAGGAGGAUGAUGAACCCAGUAAACGUCCGCGACCUCGAGGCGAGUUCAUCACUCGGGAAGGAUAUUUCAUGGCGGUUGCCUUCUUAGCCUCCAAGCGUAGCGAGCUUCCUGCAAUUAAUCAGGUCGGGGCCUGCCUAGUGGACGAAGAGUAUCACCGAAUCGUGGGCGUCGGCUACAACGGCCCGCUGAUGAGGCUAAAAAUACCUUCGAUCCAUGUCCAUGGGGAAUGCGAGGACGGAUCUACAUCGACCAGUUCCGACUAGUUUUCUUGUUUCAUUAAGUUUUCAUGCUGUUAUGAUGAUGAUUUUCACUUGUUCUAAUUAUUUCUCUGGACUCAUUUGAAAUUAAAAUUACGAUUCCAUGACUAAUGUUGGCAGCAUAGAUAUAUUAUAAUGAUUGCUGCAUGCAACGGAUUAACAAAAAGAAAAAUUAUCACAAGUAUUUAUUGUUACAUAAUAUUUAUGCCUAGCGAUUCUGUGAAUAGCGAUUGCUAGAAGAGCCUGACUAGACGAUAAAAAAUGUACAAAAAGUCCUUCGACACUAACUACUUAGAAAGUAUAGCUUAAAUAUUAAAAUGAGUUACUUUAGCUACUCAUCGCACGUUACCGUGAAUAAUAAUUACAUUCAGCCUCAUCCUUCCUUGAUGAUAACAUAAUAUUGAUCGACAAGAAACCUAUUCUAAACGUGGUACAAUAGCUUAGACUACAAUUCUUAUGAAAAUAACCCUCUGAAAACAAAAUGUCUUAUCGACUUAGCGUUAAAUUUUCAUUGCUUUUAUCUGUUUCAAUUGUGAAUUUCAAGUUAGCAAUUGUUUGUUUGAUUCCCAGAAAAUGAUUAGUUUGCGAUUCCAAUAAAUGAUAUUUAUAGACUUCUCCCGCAUUGACGCUGCAAGCAAUUUUUAGUAAAAAAAAAUGAAGUUAAAAAUCCCAUUUAAGAGCGAGGAAUGUUCUGUGCCUGAGAAUUAAAAGGCUCCACAAAACAAAAAACUAAGAGGAAUAUUAAUUUCUUUCACUCAUACUAGUUGCCCCAUUCUCCGAAUUGGGCAACUCACGUUGCACGCAGCUUCAAACUCAGUUUGAAGCUGCGUGCGCCUUCCUUCAUUUGUCAUUAUUUCGAUUCGAGCUUUGUCAAUGUUCUAAUCUGUAUUUAUGAUUCAAUUUAUUUUUAAUCUCUGAUUUAUUUCAAACAGAAUAU